AUGGCGAGUGAAAAGCAUUUUUUGAAGUCUGUGAAAGGAGAGGGAAUGCCCACACAUAAGAACCCGUUUGUGUAUGGCAACCUGUUCUUGAUCUUGGACAUAGUUUUCCCGGAAAGUUUAUCGGAGGAAGCAAUGGAGAAGUUGAAAGAAGUGUUGCCGGCGCCUAAAGAUUCACCGAGAAUUACCAAAAAGAUGGAGGAGGAAUAUGAACAUCACGAGUUGGUCGAUAUGGAUCCUAGUGUGAGCGCGCGUAUGGGGGCGGAGAGUGGCGGUGGUGAGGCCUAUGAUGAAGAUGACGAGGAAGGUCACAGGGGCCCUAGUGUGGCCUGUGCACAGCAGUAG